GCUGGCAAAUGGAGCUGUGCCAUCGGUGCAUGCAAGUCCACCUGCAAAAUCUGGCGGGAGUGAAGAGUCUAACGUUAAUGUUAGCACUAGCAGAGAAUCUGCGCGUCGAAAACGGGAGCUUUGCACAAUUAUGGGAGAGAGUGCUGCCAGCAAAGACGGGGCGGGUGCAACUGCCACUUCAGAUCCUGAUGGAGAUGGAGACAUCUCUACAAUGGACCCUGAGCCAGAACUGGUCCAUCGUGGAUCACAGUGCAACAUAAGAUGUUUACAUCGUUCAUUAGUGCUGUUGACAAGUUCAUUGUUUGCCAGAGGCAGUUGCUGUCCUUGUUCACAGUUUGCCCUGCAUGCUGUGGGGAAACCCAGGGACGCAUAAUGCACCCGGAAGGAACUUUCAUAAAAGUCAAGCAGGCCUGCGGAACUUGUGGCUAUGAGCGUUACUGGCAAAACCAAGAGAAGGUGCAUCGAAACAUGCCUGCCUGCAACCUUUUACUCAGCGGUGCCAUCCACUUCUCAGGUUGCAUGGCUACUCAGACAAUCAGGAUGCUGAAGCUGUUUGGACUGCAGUGCAUAAGUCCCGGCACUUUUUUCCGCCAUCAGCGCUAUUACACUAUCCCUACCAUCGUGCAGGCCUGGAGGAAUGAGCAGAGUGGGAUCAUCAGGGAGUUGAAGGAGACUGGGGGUGGAUUGAUCCUGUCUGGUGACUGCAGAUCAGAUUCUCCUGGACACUGUGCCAAGUAUGGUAGCUACUCCUUGAUUGAGGAUCGAAUUAACAAAGUUUUGGAUGUUCAGCUUGUCCAAAGCUCAGAAGUCCCAAGCAGCUCUUGGUGUGAGCUAGAGGGUCUAAAGCGGAGUAUGCAGUUCCUGAUGGACCAAGACAUGCAAGUGUCUGCUCUGAUAACAGACAGAAAUCGGCAGGUGGCCAAGUGGGUACGUGAGAAAAUGUGUUCAGAAGGAACAAAGCAUUUCUUUGACGUCUGGCAUAUUGGGAAAAGUGUACAGAAAGCACUGGAUGCUGCUGCAAAAGAGAGGGACUGUGAGGAUCUGAAGCUGUGGAGGCCUGCCAUUAUCAACCAUCUCUAUUGGACCGCAGCUUCCACCCCUACAGGAGAUCCAGAUGAGAUGCAGGCAAAAUGGCAGAGUAUGAUAAAUCAUGUACAGGACAUACAUGAACACAGCUCUCCAGCAUUUACCAGCUGCGCACAUCCACCGUUGGAAGGAGAGGCAAGAAACAAGGAGUGGCUGGAACCAGGAUCACCAGCAGCCACUAAACUGGAGAGUGUAGCUGCCAGGAAAGCACUGGUAAAGGAUAUUCGACAAUUGUCACCUCAGCAUCAGACAUUCUCCCUGGAGGCCUACCAUUCCCUUAUUCUGCACUUUGCUCCCAAACACACUGGCUUUUCUUUUCUUGGGAUGUACAGCAGACUUCUCUUGGCAGCCCUACAUUUCAAUAGUAAUGGCAACAGAGAUGUAGCGCGUACUAGUGAGGGUGAGGUACGCUACGCUGUUCGCUACCCACGGUUUCGGAAAGGUGGCUGGGUAGUCCACCCCAUCAAGGAGAAACCAUCUUACGGAUACGCAACAAAUCUUAUGGUCUCUCUGGUAGAGGAAUACUGCAAGUCACCACAGGCCCUACAAGAAAGCAGUGCCGUCUUGUCCUCUGCUGCACCGCCCCCCCUCACCUCUUCCGUCCAGAAGGUUGCCAAGGAUGAGGCAGUCAGCCUCCAUCUCGCACGACACUCACGUUUUAACAUGUAAUAAAA